GCUACCGGAUCCUGUCAUUCUGCAGUUGCCUAUCCCUGGCUCACCAGUGUUGCCCAUCGUCUCUCAGAUCUGUCAUACCCGUGUGAAAAGUAGCAAGAACAAGAAAACCAUGUUGAGCAUCACGGCCCGCAACCUGGCAUCUGCCCUCCGCGGCAGCCUCGUCGGCACAUCGUCGCGCGUGGCCGCCGUGCGCUGCCUGCACGGAACCGAGGAAUCGGCUGAGGAGUUCGACAAGCGCUACGAGAAGUACUUCAGCCGCGAUGGCAUCGACGGCUGGGAGAUCCGCAAGGGCAUGAACGACCUGCUGGGCAUGGAUCUGGUGCCCAGCCCCAAGAUCAUCGAGGCCGGUCUGCGCGCCACUCGUCGCGUCAACGACAUCGCCCUGGCCAUCAGGUGGCUGGAGGGAUGCAAGGACAAGUGCGGUGACCAGAAGGCCACCCUCUAUCCCUACUUGCUGGAGAAGAUCACUCCCACGCUGCAGGAGCUGGGCAUCCCAACCAUCGAGGAGCUGGGCUACGACAAGCCCGAGUUGGCCCUGAAGUCCGUGUACGAUGCCUAAGCGGAGCACUCUGCUGGACUAGUUUAAACACACUACACACACUAUAAUACACACCGUACAGCGACACUAGCUACCCAUACAUAUAUGGUGCGGAUGAACAUGUUGUUGGAUUAAUAAUAAAUGGAGAUUGGAGUAAGGCUACCACACCAGCA